CUUGUCGUGAGCAAAUUAGGUAAAAGAAACCGUGGGCUGCACAAUCCAACCCUCGCCAAAUUCAAAGCCCAGAAUUUCACCCUGCCCAGCCCACGAAUUUGCAAUCCGUACGGUGCCCCCACGGGACACGGCCCCGCUCAACAAGCCGGCGCACUAACCCUAAACUAGGCGGCGGCGCGGCGUGGUGAGGGAGCACCGGCAAUCGUGCGUCACGCCCUGGCUUCCGCUGGUGCAGACCUCUAGAGGAUAGAGCAGGCGACCACCCGCCAACCAUCAAGAACCAAGGACCAGCACUGUGCUAAUUUCAGUUAUUGGAUCCCGGAUUGUGAAAUGCUUGCCAAAGGGAGGAAGGUAGCUGGAAGGGGUGAAGAAAUGUCUGCACAUUAUGCAUUUGGACCACAGGAGGAUGAUGCGAUCAUUAAGCACAGGCUUCUAACUAGGACGACAACUACCAGGGGUGAACCACCACUAAAGAAGCUUCAGAAGAAGUUCAUGUCCUUUGCCACUGAGAUUGAGAAGGAUACAGAUAACAUAAGCGACUGCGAGAGACUGUACAAGGCCUUCCUACAGGAAAUUAACACCUUUGAACUACCUCUUCUGAAAAGCAAGGCUGUUGUUGAUGCAAACAUUAGGGAGAAGGAGAGCUUUAAUGAGCUUCAGGUUGAGAUUGAGCGACAGAUCUUGCAAGCUCAGACUGAUAUUGAGGAUCUUAAGAAGCAACUUGAGCAGAGCAAGAUCGAGAGGCAGCACAAGGAGGAGUGUGAAGCAAUCCGGAAGCUGAUAUAUUUGCAGCCUCCACGGUCAGAAACUGAGAAACUCAUUUCAGAUCUUGAGAAGGAGAUAGCUGAUUUGGAGGCUGAGAAUGUAGCGUGCGUAAGGACUUUGGAACUACGGAAGAAGCAAUUUGCCCUUCUUCUACAUGUGGUUGAGGAAUUGCAGAUCUCGAUUGAAGAUGAGCAAAAGAGUAUAGCAGAUGAGCUGAGAGCUAUCGCUGAGGAGAAGAUGAGCAUAGAAGAAAGCGGCAGUGCUUCUGAUGCCAUGGCUGUAGACUGAUCAAGAUACAUCUUGCAAUGCACAAAUGCACUGAACCACAUGGUUUGUGGGCCAUAUUGAAUACUAACAAGUUGGUAGAUGUCUAAUGUGAUGGUUUUGUACCUCCUGUAAAUUGAGUUGUACGCUGUUUGUAACUGGCUCUUUGUGUACUAUGAAGAAAAAUUAAAGCACACAUUGUUGUGUAACAAGUGUGUUGUGCACUCCAUUAUUUUUGUGCACGGAAUAA